UCACGGAUUUGUCGGGUCGCCACAUCCGUUUUCGACACUCAUCUCAACUUUCUUGCGCAAUCCUCCACGAGAAGCUUCAAGCUCUCGCCGUCGCCGGGUAACAGUCUCCAGGACAACCGCUUACACGGUCUCCAUGACAACCGCACGAGCCCCUCGUCGAACUUCGAACUCACCGCUGGAACGCAGGACGGAGUGAAAUGUGAAUGUUCGUAGAAACACGGUGCAACCGUAUUUGUCACGUCUACAUGAUUUCACUGUUGUCGCAUGUACUGUUAAAAAAGCGAAUAAUAAAGCUUCAAUUCAGACGUUGUAUGGAGCCCAGAAAGCGGCAUAUCAUUUUAAAAAAGCAUAACGUUUAUUGGUUAAUGUCUUUUUUCGCUUGAAACGACUUUAGUUUAAAUAACAUGCGUGUCGCUAAUGUUUUCUAUUUAUAUAAAUGCGCCCAUCGAAUGCAGCAGAAAUGAGCGACGUGCGGAAGUGUGUACGUGUGAUUCUGCACAGCGCGCGCCGCUCGUGGGCGGGGGCGGGCAGCGCUCGGCGGUCACGUGGUUACACGGAGCUCCAGGACACAAGGCGCACGUGCGGCCGUUUGUACACUCGGGCCGCGCGACACUGGAGCGCGACGGUUCAUCUCCUCGAGCCUCUGUCGUCUGGCUGACGUCAAAAAAAAAAAAAAAAAAAAAAAACAAAUUAAAUCUUUUCUUCUGAACUGGUUGAGUUUCUACCCUUACUCACUGUUCUCCUCUCCGUCAUAAUGUUUCUGCUGGAUUCGGACUCUCAGCUGGACUGUCUGAGCCACCUUCUGGAGGCCGGCGACGCUGUCAGCUCCACGGUGGACCCGUCGGGACAGUCGCCGGCACAUGUGGCCGCCUGGGGGGGUCAGGCCUCGUGGCUGCUGUGGCUGCUGCAGACGGGCGCCGACGCCAACCAACAGGACUCGUACGGCGAGACACCCGUUCAUAAAGCAGCAAAAGCAGGAAGUCUGGAAUGCAUCAGCGUCCUCGUGGCCAGUGAGGCUCGACUUGAGAUUUGUAACAACGAGGGGAAGACGGCAGAAGAGCUGGCAUGGGCCUCUGGCUUCCCGGAGUGCGGCCGGCUCCUAGAGACCCUCACAUAUAUCCAGCGCUGCGGGAGCUCUGCGGUGGGCAGGGCUCCCCGGCAUGGGGGGGAGCCCUUUCACUGCACACUGGCUGGACAGAAGAGGGCAUCCAGUAGCCCAGGGGCACAGGAUGGGAAAAGACGGCGGGAGUGGUGACUGUGACUGAUGACUGCUUAAAUGAGAAAACUGAGAGCUGUUGGCUUUUGGAUCGAAACCCUUCAAAGUGUGCCAUUCUGAUAAUGCCUUUUUCUUUACCCUCCCUGAACCACGGGAAAACCAUUGCUGGGAGGAGCUGAUGUUGCAUCCUGGGACAGUGUUACAUGCAGGUCAAUGGUGACAAUUGAGGAGGCCUGGCAGACACCAUAUCUCUUUUACAUGGUUCCUCACUGUCUUACUACUGUAUGUGUGCUGCUGCAACGUUUUUAAAUGAUUGUAACGUAGUUAUGACAGCAAUAGUCUGCCUCUCCAUAGCUGAAUCUAACCACUGCUCACAGUGUGUGUGUGUGUGUGUGUGUGUGUUGGUUGUACAUGGUGGAGCAGUUAUCUUCUGUGAAGACCAUUGUGGGAAGGUUCAAAAUCUGUAAUGGCUAUGGCACUUGCUGGGCUAAUGAGUGAGCACUUGCUGAAAUGUAUAACUUCUGUGUUCCAUCUUAAUUCAGGUUUAAAUAGGAGGAACACUAUUGAAAGGAACUGAAGUUCAUACUGAAAAUGUGUGAAACUAGUGCUGUGAAAGUAGCAGUACAAGCUAAUGUAACACAUGUGCUGGGCUC